ACCUGCGUCAAGAGUCAGAUGCUUAACUGAGCCACUCAGGGGCCCCAAGAUGUUUUUUCUUAGUCUGGGCCUUCUUAAAUCCUCCCAACAAAGUCCCCUUAACAUUAAGAGGAACAGCCUAUUCUGGAAAUCUGGGGAAGGAGCAAAUAAACUAUUCCAGGACAGGAUUUUCCUUUGAAAUCUUAUGUUUAAAUCUAUGUUUAUUUACAUUCUCCAUAAUAAACCUGUGAUUAAAUGUAAAUACACAAUUUUCCAGAAAAAUCAGUUUUUGUCACCAAAUGCUUCAGUAAAGAUGAUGCUUCUUGAAAAUGCAACAUUCCUUUCUCAUUUCAAAAUUGAGGCGAGUGAGGCUUUUGGUCUCAUCCAAUCAUUCCACAUCGUCACAGUCCCGCAGGAACACACCAGAAGCGCGCGCGCGCGCGCGCGCGCACACACACACACACACACACACACACACACACGCCACAAUCAGGCACACACUGAGGGACUCCCAUCCAAGGUCUGCAGGGAAGGCCUGGGGAAAACGUAUCUAUCAGAACCGUGCCACCUAAAUGUUCAGAGUCAAUUACAGACACGUUCACAGACCCAUUACCUCGCAGGCCAACACAACAUUCUUAGUCCUGUACAGUCUGCCACACAAUCCAGUCAAGAUCUCCCUCACAAACCACAUUCCGGUCCUCGAAGUAGCACUUCACAAACACAAACCAGCCACACCCAAUGAGAAAGUCGUACCCAGAACCACCCCAAAGAUAGACACACAGUGCCAUCGAGUAGGCGGUAGGGAGAGUCACAUUUAUGCAUAUCCCCCCUUUAAUACGCCGGUUGUUGGUGCCCGCCGCGCUCCAGGACCUGCCGGGACUUUCUUGGGACAAAGAGCCGGGAACGCCGCCCGCUCAGGAGCCCGCCUAGAUCUCCGCCUCACGCGGCGAGCGGGCGGGGUGGAAGCUCCGCUCCCCUAGGCUGGCGGCGCCGGCGCACUCAGUGCCUACAGAGCGAGCUCCCAGCAGCCUCCGCGCGCGGCCCGUUAAGCCCCGGGGGCUGUGUACUUGCAGGUUCCGUCCCAUCCUCGCUUACACUGAGCAUCACCGUGAGGCAGGUGCGACACCCAAGCUCUGGCCUCUGUGAACCCUCCAGGCAAGUAAACUCCAAGGAAGACUGACCAGUUCUUGAGUUUCUAAACCAUGGCCCAUAGAUCACUGAUGUUCAGUGAUGUGUCCAUAGUCUUCUCUCAGGAGGAGUGGGAAUACCUGGACCUGGAACAGAGGGACUUGUACAGAGAUGUAAUGUUGGAGAAUUACAGCAACUUGGUCUCACUGGGAUGCUUCAUUUCUAAGCCAGAUGUGAUUUCCUUGUUGGAGCAAGGAAAAGAGCCCUGGAAAGUUGUGAGGAAAGGAAGGAGACGAUAUGCAGAUUUAGAGACCAGGUAUGAGACCAAGAAGUUAUCCUCAGAAAAUGACAUUUAUGAAAUAAACUUACCUCAGUGGAAGAUAAUGGAAAGAAUUAAAAAUCAUGGCCUUAAGGGUCUAAUUUUAAAAAGUGACUGGGAGUCUAAAAGAAAAUUUGAAGGACAGGAGGAAUAUUUCAGUCAAGUGAAAAUUACAUCUCAAAAAGUGUCCUCUUAUCAAAAACGUACAUCUCUAACUCCACAUCAGAGAAUUCAUUUUGUGGAGAAACCCUAUGAAUGCAAAGAAUGUGGAAAGGCCUUUAGAGUACGCCAACAGCUUACUUUUCAUCACAGAAUUCAUACUGGUGAAAAACCCUAUGAAUGUAAGGAGUGUGGAAUGGCCUUUAGACAGACUGCACACCUUACUCGACAUCAGAGACUUCAUUCUGGUGAAAAACUCUAUGAAUGUAAAGAAUGUGGAGAAUCUUUUAUAUGUGGCCCAGACCUUAGAGUACAUCAGAAAAUUCAUAUUGGCGAAAAGCCCUAUGAAUGUAAAGAAUGCGGGAAAGCCUUCAGAGUGCGAGGACAACUUACUCUCCAUCAGAGGAUUCAUACUGGUGAGAAACCCUAUGUAUGUACAGAAUGUGGAAAGGCCUUUAGACAGUAUGCACAUCUCACUCGACAUCAGAAGCUUAAUAUUGCUGACAAACUCUAUGAAUGUAAAGAAUGUGGGAAGGCCUUUUUGUGUGGCUCUGGCCUUAGAGUACAUCACAAACUUCAUACUGGUGAGAAACCCUAUGAAUGUAAGGAAUGUGGGAAAGCUUUCAGAGUGAGACAGCAACUAACACUGCACCAGAGAAUUCAUACUGGUGAGAAACCCUAUGAAUGUAAGGAAUGUGGAAAGACCUUCAGUCGUGGUUAUCAUCUUAUUCUUCAUCACAGAAUUCAUACUGGUGAGAAACCUUAUGAAUGUAAGGAAUGUUGGAAGGCCUUUAGUCGUUACUCACAACUUAUUUCACACCAAAGUAUCCAUAUUGGUGUUAAACCUUAUGACUGCAAGGAAUGUGGGAAGGCUUUUAGAUUGCUCUCACAACUUACACAACAUCAGAGUAUUCAUAUUGGUGAGAAACCCUAUAAAUGUAAGGAAUGUGGGAAGGCCUUUAGAUUGCGCCAAAAACUUACUUUACAUCAGAGCAUUCAUACUGGUGAAAAACCCUUUGAGUGUAAGGAAUGUAGGAAGGCCUUUAGACUUAAUUCAUCCCUUAUUCAGCAUCUGAGAAUUCAUUCUGGUGAGAAACCUUAUGAAUGUAAGGAAUGUAAGAAGGCCUUUAGACAACAUUCACACCUUACCCAUCAUCUAAAAAUUCAUAAUGUAAAAAUAAACAACAUCUUCACAACUGCAAGAAGGCGAAAAACCGAGAGGAGGAAGGAAUGGAAGGCGGGAGAGCGAGCUAGCACGGGGGACCAUUCCAUGUCGUCCUGCUCCCGGUUCUGUUAUAUCCUGAACUCGCUUCGUCCAUUCCUGGGCAGCCUUGAAGCCCCUCCCCUAGUAGCCCACCGUCAAACCCUAAAUGCCGCCCGGCGAUCUAGCUCUCUCCCGCAGGCAUUCGCGCUUGCGCACUCCGAGCAACAAGUUGGGGCGGGGGCGGGCCCUCCCUACCGAAGACUACAUUUCCCACAGGCCUCUGCUCGUAGUUUCCUUCCGGCUUUCUUGCUGGUGUCGGCUCCGAGAGAUCUGGCUUAUCUGGACUCUGCGGUUCUCCAAAGAGAAAUCUUGAAAAGGACUGACCAGUUCUUGCAUUUUGAAACCAUGGCCCAUGGUUCAGUGACAUUCAGGGAUGUGGCCAUAGACUUCUCACAGGAAGAAUGGGAAUUCCUGGACUCGGCUCAAAGAGACUUAUAUAGGGAUGUGAUGUGGGAGAAUUAUAGUAAUUUCAUCUCACUUGCAGAACCUUCCAUUUCUAAACCAGAUGUGAUUACCUUAUUGGAUGAAGGGAAGGAGCCCUGGAUGGUUAUAAGGGAAGGGACCAGAAGACACUACCCUGAUUUGGAGUCCAGAUACAUGACCAAUACUUUAUCUCCAGAAAAGGACAUUUAUGAAAUAUAUUCAUUCCAGUGGGAGAUAAUGGAAAGAAUUAAAAGUUACAGUCUUCAGGACUCCCUUUUUAGAAAUGAUUGGGAAUGCAAAGGCAAGAUUGAGGGGCGAAAGGAACCACAAGAGGGAUAUUUUGGGCAAGUGAAAAUUACUUCUGAAAAAAUGACCACUUACAAAAAGCAUAAUUUUCUUGCUGAAUAUCAGAGAAUUCAAAAUGGAGAAAAGUUGUAUGAAUGUAAGGAAUGCAGGAAGACCUUUAUUCGCCGCUCAACACUUAGUCAACACCUGAGAAUUCAUACUGGUGAGAAACCUUAUAAAUGUAAGGAAUGCGGGCAGGCAUUUAGACAGCGUGCACACCUUAUCCGACAUCACAAACUUCAUACUGGUGAGAAGCCCUAUGAAUGUAAGGAAUGUGGGAAGGCCUUUACAGUGCUCCAAGAACUUACUCAACAUCAGAGGCUUCACACUGGUGAAAAGCCCUAUGAAUGUAAGGAGUGUGGAAAAGCCUUCAGAGUGCAUCAGCAACUUGCUCGACAUCAGAGAAUUCACACUGGUGAGAAACCCUAUGAAUGUAAGGCAUGUGGGAAGACCUUUAGGCAGUGUACACAUCUUACUCGACAUCAGAGACUUCAUACUGCUGAGAAGCUCUAUGAGUGUAAGGAAUGUGGGAAAGCCUUUGUAUGUGGUCCAGACCUUAGAGUACAUCAGAAAAUUCAUUUUGGUGAGAAACCUUAUGAAUGUAAGGAAUGUGGAAAGGCUUUUAGAAUAUGCCAACAACUUACUGUCCAUCAGAGUAUUCAUACUGGUGAGAAACCCUAUGAAUGUAAGGAAUGUGGAAAGACUUUUAGACUAAGGCAGCAACUUGUUCGCCAUCAGAGAAUCCACACUCGUGAGAAACCCUAUGAAUGUAUGGAAUGCUGGAAGACCUUUAGUAGUUACUCACAACUUAUUUCACAUCAGAGCAUUCAUAUUGGUGAGAGACCAUAUGAAUGUGAAGAGUGUGGGAAGGCCUUUAGAUUGCUCUCACAACUUACCCAACAUCAGAGUAUUCAUACCGGUGAGAAACCCUAUGAAUGUAAGGAAUGUAGAAAACCUUUUAGACUGCUCUCACAACUUACUCAGCAUCAGAGUAUUCAUACGGGUGAGAAACCUUAUGAAUGUAAGGAAUGUGGUAAGGCUUUUAGACUUUAUUCAUUCCUUACUCAACACCAGAGAAUUCAUACUGGGGAGAAACCCUACAAAUGUAAGGAAUGUAAGAAGGCCUUUAGACAACAUUCACACCUUACUCAACAUCAGAAAAUUCAUAAUGGAGUUUAAAACAAGAAGGCCUUCAAUUGUACAUUAUGUAACAAUAUCAGUAAAUUCAUUUUUGAGAAAUUUGUUUCAUGCUUCAACUAAGUGUAAGAAAUUUUAUAUUAUUGGGAAAAAAAUGUUGCUUUAAAAGCCUUCCAUCACCUUUCAGAUGUUUAUCUUUGGCAAAUUCAUUUGAGGGAAUAAUACAAUGAAUGUAGGAAAAACUUUAGCCUUAUCUGUCAUUAUCCCAUUUCACCACUUUAUUACCAGUGUGUUAUUGGACAAGGUACUUAAACUUCUGUGCCUCAUUUUGCUCACUUGUAAAAUGGUGAUAAUAGUACCUAUGUAUAUUAGUUAUUUAUUGCUGUAUAAUAAAUUACCACAAACCUAGUAGCUUAAAAUAAUACUUAUUAUCUCACAAUUUCUAUAGGUCAGGUGUCUGGACAUAACCUAGUUGGGGCUUCUCCUUUAGGGUCUCACAAAGCUAAACUAAAGGUUUCAGCCAGGGUUGGGUCUCAUCUGAAGGUCUAACAGGGGAAGGGAUCCACUUUCAGCCUCACGUGGUUGUCAGCUAUUGCACUGAGGUCCACAGUUUCUAGUUGGCUGUUGGUUGAAGGCUGACCUUAGUUCCAUGCUACAUGGGCUUCUUCAAAUGGCUGCUAUUUAAGUGUGCAAGUCAAGAAUGUGGUAGAGCCUGCUAGCAUCACAGAAGCUAUAAUCGUAUGUGAUCUAAUCACCAAAAUGACACCUUUGCUGUCCUCUACUGAUUAGAACCGAGUUACUGGGCUACCCCACACUCAAGGGUAGAGAUCGUAGAGGAUUACACAAGAGUAUGAAUACCACAAUGUGGGAACCAUUUCAGAGUCAGCCUGCCAACACUGUGUGACAGGAUUGUCUUGAGGAUUAAUUAGUUAAUGCUUGGAAAAAUAGCAGCCACAUAGCAUGUUUUCUGUAAAUACUAUCUAUAGUCGUUAUCAUUAGUAUUAGUGAAUUCAUAUGAAAAAAUAUAGAAGUAGUAAAUGUAGAAAUGCCUCAUGUCACUGCUCAGCACUUAAUUAAACUUAAGAUAAUUUAUUCCAGAUAAAAUCUAGGACGUUGUAUGGAAAGUGAGAAGUUCUUCAUCAUUUGAGCAUUUGAGCUGCAUCAGUAAUUUCAUGCUUAAAAGAAACCUUAUGAAUUUCAUGAAGGUGAGGUUAAGAUUACAACUGUUGAAGGAUCAGAAAAAAUACGGAAUUAGUUUCCCAUAAUAAUUCCAAAAAGUAAAUGUUUUGCAAUCCCUGUUGUUUGACCACUGUUAAAGAUGAAUUUGAAAUUAUUAAAAAGAUGGCAGGAAACUCACCAGUUGGAAGUUUAAUAUUGUGUGUGCAUGUGUGUGUGUUAAACUCUUGUAUAAAAGAAAAAACAUUUCCUUUGUAGUCAGUUUUCUGUUUGAUCAAAUUGCCCCAUCUUCAACCAGUGGGAGUUGGGUCUUUUGACCUGAUCCCCCUAGUAGUUUGAUAGUUUACUUGGUUACAGCUACACAGUUUGGUCCGCAAUGGAAGAUGCUUGGGUACCAACUCAUCCUGAAAAUUGAUAAGGAGAAAAAUGAGCACUUCUUUUGCUUUUUCCAUGUGGACCAAGUUUCAGGGCCACCAAAAGCUCAUCAAAUUAAAAGGGUUUGUUUGUUUUUUUAAAUAGUCAUUACAAAUAAACAGAAUGAUAGGAUUAGAAAAAUCACUAUUUUCUAGUUCCCUAGUAGAAUAAUGGGUCCAGAAAAUGAUCUUCAGUGGAUAUUAACACUAUUGAGUGAAAUAUUUUAUAGUGAGAACUUUACAAUGGAUUUAUCAAGCUGACCACCUCUGAGCCCUUUGAUCAAUUUUAACCUCUAUAAAAGUGGGACUAUCAGACAAUAUCCACCUCCUGAUAAAAUGCAAUAGGAAGUACACACCACCACCUACAAAGCCUUACUGCCAAAACAAUGAACUGAAGAAAGCAAACCUUUAAAUCAAAUUCUUUAAAACAAGAAUUUGGGGAAUAGCUGAACAAAGUAAAUGGCACCAGAAGGAAGCAGCCAAGCAGACCCAGAACUGUAAAAUUCUACAAAAUAAAUGAUCUGAUUUCUUCAACUUAAUGAGUGAUAUGAAAAAGAGAAGGUAAGGGCAACUGUUAAUUGAUUAAAAGAGACCUAAGAGACCUAUCAACUAAAUUCAGUACAUGGGCAUUACUUGGACCUAGUUUACACAAAAUGUAAAAAGACAUUUUGGAGACACUGGGGAAAAUGUGGACACGCACUGAGUAUUAGAUGAUAUUUAGAAAUACUCAUUUUGUUAGAGAUAAUGUUAUUGUGGUUAUUAAAAAAUAAAAGGUUCUAAGUGUUAGAGAUACAUACUUCUAUAUUUAUGAAAUGGUAAGAUACUGCAUUUGCAUUAGAAGACUCCAGCAAAAGAAAAAGAAUUGGCACAGAGAGUUGGGAAGUAGAGUAGUAAAAUGUUAAUUACUGAAGGGUAGUAUGUUUUUUUUUGGGGGGGGUCAUUGUUCUAAUAUUUUCUAUUUUCUACUUCUUUAAUGUGUUUGAAAGCUUCCAUAAUAAAAUAUCUAAAAUCAAAACCAAAAUUUAUAGACUUAGAAAUGAUUGUUGAUGAGAUGUGUGUAUCUAAACUUGUCAGAUGUCACCAGAAUUCUGUUCGGUGAGAAAUUCAUCCCCUUUAAUGCAUUAAGGAAAUUUCGUUUGUGGGGCCAGUCUUCAUCAUCUUCACCUUAUCUACGCCUGUCAGAUAAAUAAAUGUGUUAAGGGAAUGAGUAAGUAUUUAUGUCAAGAAACCAGAAACAGAAAAAAAUAAAACCUACACAAGAGAAGUAGAGCACAACUAAAAAUAGAAAUUAAGGAUUGGACAGUAGUAGAUUUUAACCAAUGUUAAUAAUGACUAGGUUCUGGAGGAUCUAAUUAAGAAAAAGAAAAUGAAAGAUAAUACAUUUAGAAUAUUGACAAAGGUGGCAUAGCUACAGAUUAUCAAGAAAAAUUUGUUUUAAUUAUAAGGUAAUACUGUAUAUAUGUGCUAUAUGUAUUCUAGUACAUAAAUACAAAAGGGUUACUUAUUUUUUGCUGUAGGAUUCUGUUAUGACAGUUGACUCAAAUAGACCAACAAGCAAAUGUGUGUAUAUGAACACCCUGUUUAAGAAAAAACUCUGGUAGUUGUAUAGGUAAAAGCUUUAAAGAAUAGAUAAUCUUUCACAAAAUUCUACCAAUUAAUUCCGCACAGUUAAUCCUGAUACAAACCUAGAUGAAGAUCGCUCCUAAAAAGCAAAAUCUAGACCAACUUCGUUUAUGAAGAUUCUACCCAUCUUAAUUCUAAAUAAGGUAUAUUUAGAAUUUAUUACAAAAUCUGUCUUGACUAAUCCAUGUGUUGCCUUUCCCAAGUAUCUGAUAUCUCCAGGGGAUCAAUGUUUAACAGAGUGUAGGGUCUUAAUCCAACAUUCUCCAUAAGCUUGUUUUGGGGAAUAGUAGUCCUUGGUAUUUGGGGAAAAAAACGAUUUCUCGGGAAAAUGUGUAAAUUCAGCAAGGCAUUAAAAAAUCUACCUUUGGGGAAAUCCAAAUACACAUUAUCAGUUUGUCAAAAGAUAAAGAGAUGAUUACUUAACACAGGGUAUCUCAAACUUAAUUCAUUGUAGAAUUCUCAUUCCCAGUAUCUCUUACCAUCUUUAGAAUGUGAACCACUUUGGUAGAUGCUUCCAUUACCACAAUGAAUGUCUUCAAGGACAUCAUUUCAGACAUUAUGGUGAGUGAUUGUGUCGGGAGGAGGUAAGGAAGGACACUUUUCUUUGCAGCUCACAUCAUAUUCUGAAAAGCUUCCUGCUUGAAUUGAGGGUUAGUGCUUUUCUGUAGAUUGUAGAUUAUAGCUUGGUCCUUGAUAUGUAUAUAUUAAACAUGAUUAAAUAGUCUGUUAAAUAGUGAUUAGGACAUAAACCAUUUUCAGUUGUAAUAAAAAUGCUAUAUUGAAUAUCA